CCGUGAGUCAAUCAGUCACGCUAUAGAAGAGAGCGCUGGCUGAAGGUGGCUUCAUUCUUCUCAGAGGUCGGAGGCGAAGCUGAAGUGGAUACUGAGGUAACUGCCAUCAGAGUGGCAGUUCUGCUUCCGGGUCAGGCUGUGACGCACGCGCCGAGAGGUUUAUUUGCUUUUUGUUUUUUAAAGACUGUCUCUCCCAGCUUUUUCUGAGACUUAAGGGUUUGGAGAUCAGAAACACAAGAUCCUUCUAACGUGACACGGAAGUUGCCUUCCCCGGACCCAGGGACACCACGAAGAAUCCGGGUCAAGCCGACCCGGAACCACUUGAACAACGGCCAUGGCGGCUAUAGGCCCCGGCAACCAGAAUGUCACCGAGUAUGUCGUCCGUGUCCCCAAGAACACAACCAAAAAGUACAACAUAAUGGCUUUCAAUGCAGCAGAUAAGGUCAACUUUGCUACCUGGAACCAGGCCCGGCUGGAGCGAGAUCUGAGCAACAAGAAGAUCUACCAGGAGGAGGAGAUGCCGGAGUCCGGAGCAGGCAGCGAAUUCAACCGAAAGCUGCGGGAGGAGGCACGACGGAAGAAGUAUGGCAUCGUCCUGAAGGAGUUCCGGCCUGAGGACCAGCCCUGGCUGCUCCGGGUCAACGGCAAAUCUGGCAGGAAGUUCAAAGGCAUAAAGAAGGGUGGGGUGACUGAGAACACAGCCUACUACAUCUUCACCCAGUGUGCCGAUGGCGCCUUUGAGGCCUUUCCUGUGCAGAACUGGUAUAAUUUCACACCGCUGGCCCGACACCGCACACUCACUGCUGAGGAGGCUGAGGAGGAAUGGGAGAGGAGGAACAAGGUUCUGAAUCACUUCAGCAUCAUGCAGCAGCGGCGGCUCAAGGACCAGGACCAGGACGAAGAUGAGGAAGAGAAGGAGAAGCGCAGCCGCAAGAAGCCCAGCGAGCUGCGUAUCCAUGACCUGGAGGAUGACCUGGAAAUGUCCUCCGAUGGCAGCGAUGCCAGUGGCGAGGAGGGCAACAGAGCCUCCAAAGCUAAGAAAAAGGCCCCACUGACUAAGGCAGGCAGGAAGAAGAAAAAGAAGAAGGGCUCAGAUGACGAGGCCUUUGAGGACAGCGACGAUGGGGACUUUGAGGGCCAGGAGGUGGACUACAUGUCAGAUGGCUCCAGCAGCUCCCCGGAUGAGACAGAGGGCAAGCCCAAAGUGCUGCAGCAGGAGGAUGGCCCCAAGGGCGUGGACGAGCAGAGCGAGAGCAGUGAGGAGAGCGAGGAGGAGAAGCCCCCUGAGGAGGACAAGGAGGAGGAGGAGGAGAAGAAGGCCCCCACCCCACAGGAGAAGAAACGCAGGAAAGACAGCAGCGAUGAGUCAGACAGUUCGGAGGACAGCGACAUCGACAGCGAGACCUCCUCUGCACUCUUCAUGGCGGUAAGAAGACCCCCCCCCAAGAGGGAGCGGAAGCCAUCAGGGGGGAGUUCGAAGGGCCCCAGUCGACCAGGAACUCCCAGUACAGAGGCAGCAAGCACCUCUUCCACCCUGCGGGCUGCAGCCAGCAAGCUGGAACAGGGGAAGCGGACAGGUGAGACUCCAGCAGCCAAGCGCCUGCGGAUGGACACGGGCCCUCAGAGCCUGUCUGGGAAGUCCACACCCAGCGGCGGUGAUGUCCAGGUGACAGAGGACGCUGUGCGCCGCUACCUGACCCGCAAGCCCAUGACCACAAAGGACCUUCUGAAAAAGUUCCAGACCAAAAAGACAGGGCUGAGCAGCGAGCAGACGGUGAAUGUGCUGGCGCAGAUCCUCAAGCGCCUCAACCCUGAGCGCAAGAUGAUUGGUGACAAGAUGCACUUCUCCCUCAAAGAGUGACGCGAAUAAAGAGAGCUGCAAGCCCCGAA